AUGUCUGAUUCGACCAAAAGCUUGACGUUAAAGAAGACCUCUCUGGUCGUUGCGACGCUGAGAAGGCUAAUCGACAAACAUCAUGUCGUGUGCCAAGUGGACCCUGCUGGGGCCGAAAGACAAGCUGCGUCGGCCAGUAAAAUCGACGGGAAGGCCGCCCUCCUAAACCAGAUACUGUCGAGCUUUCUACCUUCGUUGAGGGAUCGGAUAUCUGCUCUCUCGCUAUCGCUAGACGCGUCCAAUUUACAAGAGGAUCCCAUCUCGCAGCUCGAACUAAUCCUAAAGAACCUAUCAAGCCUUGACGAUACGCUGGAAGCUAUCCAAUCAUCCAUUGCCACGAUUUCCCCACAACCAUAUAUUACCUCGCCGGCCACAUGUGGGACCGAUGACUAUAAAUCCAAAGAAUUGAAAGGAUUUCGGACGACUCGCAUGCUGUGGAAAUUGAACGAGCUGAUCAACGAUAAACUCUGCGAACUAUUCCUUCAAACGUCGAUCGAGCUUAUCCAACGUUGGGAGUUUGUACAUUGCCAGCCAUAUUGCUCUAAACGUCUACGCUCCUUGGCUAACAAGAGGAUGGAGCUGAACAGGCUAAGAACGUCCUUAUGGAAUUUCAUCGAUAACCUAGUACAAUGGUCGAAACGCUCCGAUUUUGAUAUUAUGAAGGAAGAAUGGCGGAAGGAAGCGCAUGUGCUAGAUAAUGCAUUGUUGAUAGUGCUUGAACUGAGCAAUCACUCCGGAAAGGGUUGCGAUUCGACUGAGGUAUCGGACGAUCAGUCAGACCGCGACGUUCCAAGCGAGCAGGUAGUGAGACUUGCCAACUCGGCACUCCCGAUCAUCAAACUAACCAGGCUAUUUAUGAAAACAUUAUGCAGCCCACUCGCCAAUCCAUUGCCGUUCACUUUAUCUCCCGACAUGAGCUCCGAGCAGCUCGAAUUGCUUUUCAGGACUACCGCCACAUUCCCCGCAAGCGUCGUGAACCUGGGAAAUUGCCUAAGGGCGGCCGACGAUGCAGACCAUCGCCCCGAGUUCAUCAGCGGUUUUGUUCAUGUAGUCAACUACGCCAGAAGAUACCUUCAAUCAUCUUUAGACAUGUUGGAUCGCCAUCGCGAGCCUCCUUCCAGCCUUGAGAUAGAUCAUUCUUUGUCCGCAAACAACUUCAAGCUGUGGUCUCUUACAUUUCAUGGGCUGUUCCUUGUGGCCACUCAAAACUUCGUGGACAUUAUAGACUCAUUCAAAUAA